CAACAUAAUUACGGUUAUAAUAUUUUUUUCUGACCACUUGAAUUCUUGAAAAUGCGAAAUCUCAAUUUCUCCUCCUUCUUCCUACUUGUCAUAAUUCUUACGUCGGGUUUAGUUCAAGAUUCGAUAGCAGAAACCUGCCCUGGUGGUAGUAUUCGCGAGCCCUGUAACGAAAACGAGGGUUGUCCGGAGGGUUACAAUAUUGAAUUAGGGCCUGUCACCAAAGAAUCUCAAACCUGUCAAUUUGUCCGACCAUUGACACCGGAGGAGCAAGCUAACCAGACAGCAUGCAUAUGCAACCAAUUCAUCAACUCCUGCACAGAAGACGACCUAUUCGAAUGCAUUGUGGACAUCACGGUUUGUCCGAAAUCAAUUCAACAGGAAAUUUGCAGUGGACAAAAAGGGUUUACAAAAUCAGCAGGCGUUUGCAAACCAUCCGACCCAACCCACAGUGUUAUUCACCCUGAAAAGGCACGUGAUUGGAUUGAAUCUACUUGUAAGAAAAUCGAUGGUUAUUGCAGAAAAAUUACCAGAAAAUCCAGGGGCAAUGUACACUAUCGUAAAAUAUCGUUUUCACAGUGUGUUGCCGUUAGCAAUGAAAAUUGCAAAUUAAUUUUCUCUGGCAAAUAUUAGACAUUAUGCAAAUCGUUUUAGUUCCAUUGAGAACUAUUUUAUUAUAUUCAAUUCUGGCAACAUUUUUCUAAUACUGUUGAAAUUUACGCUCUUUGGAAAAUUAUUAUGCACCUUAUUAUUUACGCAAUUAGAAUAAAAUAAUUUUACUCAAUUGUAAUGUGUUUGAAUGAAACAGUUCUAUGAAUACUCUGCAGCUUAACCAAACUUAACUAACACCAAAAAUAAAUGUUCUCAACUAGACUGGCUAA